AUGAAGAGAAAGGCUUCCGAUGCCGCAAUUGAUUCUGAAUCAAACUUCUCUUCCUCACAGCCAACCACAAAUACCUUCACCUCCCGCCACGAUACCAACACCAACACCCCAGUGACCUCGCCUGGCAACAGUCGAAACAGCGAGACCGGCUCCCAGGGAUGGGGUUGGGACUGCAACUCCAUGCCUACAGUCGCUAUUCCUGCUGCACCCGCUGCCGCAUCGCCUGCACCAGUUGACUCGGUUCAGCAACCACCACUGAAGAAGCAGCAUGUCGCCCAACCAGCCCCAGUACAAGCUACACCUACAACACGGCAGGCUCCCGCACCCAUGAGAGCCAUGCCACAGCAUCCCAUGUUUGCAAACCAAAUGUUGGCAGCAUCAGGCAACAAGCCCAUUGAUAUGGACGCCUUUUUUGCUUCACGCCCCAGGAUGCCGCAACAGCAAAGCGUUGAAGAAGGAUAUAAGCGAUCGCUGGAGCACUUCCCUAACCCGGGUCUGAUGUUCCCCAUGCCUUCGCUGGAAUUCGACUUUCGCAUCUCUGUCAAACUCAACCCCGAAUUAUCCCGUGCGGAAAACCGCGUGCACAAGGAAAUCAUCACCGUUGCAUCCGGGUCUUGGUCCGGCUCUUUCGGAAAUGGACGUGUCUUGGCUGGUGGAUAUGACCUCGGACAAGCUCGGGGAUACCGACCCAUCCGCAUCGUUGAGGGGGCGUUUGUGCUACAAACAUCCGACCAAGUACCUGCCAUCUUCGAAAUGAGAACUCGAGGCUCCCUCUCUGGCCCAUGCAACAUUCUCGAUACCCUCCUCAGCCCCCAAAGCCCCAAGGAGAUUGAUCCCAGACAGUACAGCUUCCGCAUGUUCAGCACCGUCAAAGCAGCCGAUCGCCGUUACGCUGAGAUUGUCAACUGCGGGCUCUGGGUCGCAUGUGGUGUAUGGAAGGGCGAUGAGCUCAUCAUUGACGCUUACCGCGUAAUAUAA